GGAUUUUCCCCAUCAAUCUUUCCUCGUUCUUGCCCAGCGGUGUCCUUCAUUUUGUAAUUUUGACCGUAGAGGUUGUGUUCGAACAGUGUUCUUGCUAUAAAACAAACCUCUUAUCUCAAAUUGACGCGGAACCUUCUUGUGAACCUCUUUUUCCCCUUACCUCAUUCUUCUCAUUAAUUACUUUGCCAACAGUUAAUUUGGCCAAAUCCAACAACUUCUCACACCGUCUAGUUGAAAUAUGUCUCAAAGCCAAGGAGAUAUUCAAGAACGGAUUGCUGCUGCCCGUAGGGAGGCAGAGAGUUUGAAGGAGAAGAUUCGUGCAAAGAAAGAAUCGUCAGCGGAUACCAGCUUGCGUGCAAUGGCCGCUGAGGUAGAUGCUCUUCCUCGUAUUGUUAUGCGCCCAAGGCGUGCUCUUCGAGGCCAUCUUGCCAAAAUCUACGCUAUGCAUUGGGCUGCCGAUAGGAGACAUCUUGUCUCUGCUUCCCAGGAUGGCAAACUCAUAGUCUGGGACGCCUAUACCACCAAUAAAGUACAUGCCAUCCCCUUACGAUCCAGUUGGGUCAUGACUUGCGCCUACUCAGCUUCAGGCAACUUUGUCGCUUGCGGUGGUCUUGACAAUAUUUGCUCUAUUUACAACCUCAAUAGCAAAGAAGGCACCAAUUUGAGAGGUGCACGAGAGCUCAGCGCCCAUUCCGGUUACCUUAGUUGCUGCCGUUUCCUGAAUGACAGACAAAUUGUCACCAGUUCCGGAGACAUGACUUGUAUGCUAUGGGAUAUCGAGGCUGGUGUGAGAGUCGUAGAGUUCAGUGACCAUACCGGCGAUGUUAUGAGUCUGUCACUGGGUCCAAACCAGAACGUAUUCGUGUCCGGCGCUUGUGAUGCUACAGCUAAGCUUUGGGAUAUUCGGAGUGGUCGUGCAACCCAAACAUUCACUGGUCACGAAUCCGAUAUCAACGCCGUGCAGUUUUUCCCUAACGGUGACGCUUUCGCCACUGGGUCCGAUGAUGCCUCUUGCCGAUUAUUUGAUAUUCGGGCUGAUCGAGAGCUCAACACUUUCAUACACGACAACAUCCUUUGUGGUAUCACUUCCGUAGCGUUUUCUAUUUCAGGGCGAAUUUUGUUUGGUGGUUAUGAUGACUGGACAUGCAACGUCUGGGACACUCUCAAGGGCGAACGAGUGGGCGUCUUGACGGGGCACGAAAAUCGCGUUAGCUGUUUGGGUGUUAGCACCGAUGGCAUGGCAUUAUGCACUGGUAGCUGGGACAGCACUUUAAGGGUGUGGGCAUGAUUUACAGCCAGAAUCGAGUUUUGCCAUGCUGGGCUCCUAUUCCAUUUUCUUCUAUUCACUGAUUGCUCCCUUGAUUCACUCACCUUUUCUCGUCAUUUCGCCCGUUAUAUAAUAAUUCGCCUCCUGCGAUUUUCGGGCAGUUGUCCGAAUGGACGUAUCGAGUUCGCCAUUACACUUUUAAAUAUUCUUAUUGCACGCCAAUUCUCUCAUUUUGUCUCUAUACUCCUUGAACAUGGUUUUAUCAAUUUGUGGUUCCUUAUACUUGUGGUAUACCUAUAACGCUAUCGCUUUCACCGCUGCCUACAUAUACAUCCUCUUUUUACUGCUUCUGACACCUCAUAUAUCAUGUUAAAUUCAUAUCUUUUACUAUUAUUGGAACAAGGGACUAUAAAAGUAUGCACUUCUAAGAAUAAGCGCCUGU